AUGACUUCUAAUAACUCAAAAGGCAAUAAUCAACAAGAAGAACAUAUUUAUGAAGAACAACCAUAUUAUUCGAAUGAACGAUCUAUGUUGUCAAGACAAAGUAUUGUUGGACCUUAUCAACGAACUAGUGAGGUUUGUUAAAUUUUAUUUAUAAAUAUUCUUACGAUUGACUGUUAGUUUAACUUUAAAAACAAUUUCUAGAAUUGAUUAACAUAAAUUAUGUUUUUCUUCUCUUUUUUUUAUAGAAUAAGUGUUAAUAAUAAAAAAGUAACAUAGAUAUAAGUUAUUCAUUUUCAUCAUAAAAACUUAGAUCUUAAUUUUUCAGUUUUUUUUCUCUUCAUAUACAAUAAAAAUAACUUGUCUAGAUUGUCUCAAUAAAUAUCUGUUUAUAUCCAUAAAACUUGUAUAUGUUAUCAAAAUAGUUGCUUGUCUUUUAUAUUCUAUUGACAUAAAUACUUUGUUUUAUGAUUUUGUCUGUUAGAGAUUAUUUCAUUAUCUAAUCUUAAUUGCUGUCAUAUAUAUAUUUACCAAUAAAUGAAUAACAUUUGUAAUAUAUAUUUGAAAUUUAUCGAGUAGAAAAAGAAAACCUAUGAAUAGUUCAUCAUUGAUUAAGAUAGAUAUUUAUAUCUGAUGUAAAAUAACAAAGAUUAGAUAUUUCUAUACAUAUUUUGUUUUAAUAUUUGACACUUAGACAACAUCUAAAAGCAAAUAAGUUAUUCGUAAUUCAAAUACAUAGAUCAACUACUGAUCAUCAUACGGAUAUUUGAUAUCAUCUAUCAUUAACAACGUAUUGUUCAUUUAUUCGUUUUCGUUUGUCAAUUGUAAUAUACAGAAAUAUCUUCUUUUUUCUAUGAACUAUAUUUAUACGUAAAGAAAAGAUUUUCUUUUCUUAUUAUGAAAUCUAUCUAGACAGAAAUAGUUAGAUCUUAUCAUAAUGUAUUUUGUUCUUUUUUUAUUUUAUUUUGAUAUCUUUAAAUGACUAAUGAUAAGACCUCUGUAAUAAUAACAUCGACAGACAUAUAUAAACGAAACGAAAAAAAUAUUGAGUGACCGCAAGUCUAUAGACAAACGAUAGUACGUAGUAAAUCUAAAACAGAACGAACGACAAUAAAUAGGUGACCACAAUAUAUAUACGAGAGAAUUUUCAUCUUAUCAAACAUCGCAUGGGUGUAUGAGAACGAAAGAGAUGCAAUAUCGUCACAAAGAUUUAGCGUGUCUCUUCUCCUUGCAUUCAUUGCGCUCCUACUCGUUUCUUUUCUUCCUCUCUCUCCCUCUCUCCCCUCCUUCGUGUGUGUGUGUGGUAGCUUCAACACGCUUAUAUGUUCUAUUUGUAUGCGAGCCAAGCAUAGUUGUUCUCUUUGUCUCUAUACCUUAUCAUAUUUUGUCGACACGUCGUUCGCUCAUUUUUUCCUCUCGUUCUAUUCUACAAUUACUAUUACCACCACUAGCUCUAUCGUUCGCUUGCUCGUCCGAUAGCACUUUGAAAAAAAAAAGGACAAAGAAAAAGAGAAAAGAUAAACUCAAAUAGACAGAAAAAAAAGAAAGACACAUCGUUCUAUAUUCUUCUCUUUCUCUCAUACAUUAUAACGAAGAAGUAAAGAUAGAGUCAACGUGUAUGUCUAUGUCACUGUGAGUUAUCGACUAAUACAAUGCGAUUGUUAUCCUAAUCAUUACUCCUGUCAUUAUAAUAAUUAUUGUUUUGCAUUGUUUCGUUUUGUUUAAAAGAAAAAUUUAUUGAAAUAUGGAAGACGAACAAGAUCAAGUUAGUAUUUAUUAAAUCACUAUGUCGCUUUGUUGUUUUCUUUUUUUCCCAUAAGAUAAAACAAAACAAUUUCACCAUAAAAAGAUUUCUUAUACUUCUAUAUUAAUGUCUGUAAAAGAAAAGAAAAACAAAUACUAGACUUUAUUUAGC